AUGGUAGGGUUUUAUUGUUUUAGGCAGACUUUAUGUCAAAAGGUGGUGCAGUCAAAUGAAUUCAAGAGUGGAUCAAGGGGGGUCAGAGAUGGCAUGACGCCCCUGGACUCUGUCUACUUCAUACAAUUUCAAGUAGCCACGCAACAAAUGCAGCUAUGCCUAGGAAAAUCUAAACAUCUACCUGCUAGUUUCUCGCCUUGUACUUAUACAUUAACAACAAAGGAUUAUAAAAGGCGUGCACAAUCGUCGAAAAUGGAAAACUCAGAGGCUGGUGGGAGCAGCCGCCUGACCCAGGUGCCACCAACGUCUUGGCUCCAUCCAAGCAAUAGAAUACAUAGGUUUUUAGCACUUCUGUUAAUGUGCUUUCUUUGUUUUGGUUCCUACUUCUGCUAUGACUCACCAGGGGCUUUAGCAGACAAUUUUAAAAAUGAUUCACAUUUGAACACAUCGCAAUUUGCAUUACUGUAUUCUAUAUACUCAUGGCCAAAUGUGGUGUUAUGUUUCAUUGGCGGUUAUCUUGUUGAUAGAUAUUUUGGUGUUAGAUUGGGUACUGUAAUAUAUAUGACUAUUGUAUUUGUAGGAGCGGUACUAUUUGCCUUAGGAGUAUAUAUCAACACUUAUUGGCUAAUGAUACUUGGCAGAUUUGUGUUUGGAAUAGGGGGAGAGUCGCUGCAAGUUGUUGUGAACAAUUAUGUCGUACUUUGGUUCAAAGGAAAGGAGCUGAACAUGGUAUUUGGACUACAACUGUCCUUUUCACGAUUUGGUAGUACUGUUAACUUCUGGGUGAUGGAGCCUGUUUACAAAUGGGUUGCUAACUAUUAUUCUGGAUAUGAACAGUUGGGGGUGACAUUGUUUCUUGCAUCACUAACCUGCUUUAUCUCCCUUAUUUGUGGUGUGAUUCUUGGCUGGAUGGAUUAUAGAGCUGAAAAGAUACUUGGAAGGCAAGAUGAGUCACAAAGUGAUGAACCUGUUCAUCUUAAGGAUAUAAGACAUUUCAAACCAGUAUUUUGGCUAUUGUCUGUAAUUUGUGUUUCUUAUUAUUUGGCCAUAUUUCCAUUUAUCGCCUUGGGAAAAUUAUUCUUCGAACGAAAGUUUGAUUUCUUGCCGCAAGCUGCAAAUAACGUAAACUCUAUGAUAUAUUUAUUAUCAGCAGCUUUGAGUCCGUUCUUCGGCAUUCUUAUUGAUAAAACAGGACGCAAUAUGACGUGGGUCAUAAUAAGUAUAGUCACUACAAUUGCUGCCCAUAGUAUAAUGGCAUUUACUUUCUUCAAUCCAUACAUUGGAGUGAUUACUCUUGGAAUUUCUUAUUCCCUACUUGCGAGUGGUCUCUGGCCCCUAGUGGCGCUUAUUGUUCCUGAAAAUCAGCUGGGCACCGCAUAUGGAAUAUGUCAAGCAGUACAAAAUAUGGGUCUAGCAACUGUUCUCAUCUUGGCAGGAGUCAUUGUUGACAAAUAUGGAUACUUGAUGUUGGAAAUGUUUUUCCUAGGAUGUCUAUUUGUUGCUCUUAUUGCCGCCGUUCUCAUAAAUAUCAUGGACUCAGCAAACAAUGGAGUGCUCAAUAUGUCGCCUGCAAUGAGGGAAUCUGUUAAAACUAACGCAUUGACUACGGGAACUGACGAAACUACUAAUUUAUUGGACCAUGAAGAAUCUACAGACCAAGAGGAAGUUGACUCUAAAAGAAUACCAGAAUCAUCAUUGGAGGAUCAACGUUCAAUGGAAUCGCGAGACAUCUCUGCAGCCCAGUCUAAUAGAAUUCGUAGUAGAUAUCUGGCACAAAUAUUGCCCAAUACUAAUGUAGAAAGACAAUAG